UUUUGUUGUAUGUAUGUUAAACAUUUCACUGCAUGAAAGGUAUAUGUGGUGUGUUCGGCUACAGGUUUCCGAAAAUUUAAGGGAUUAUUGACGUCGAACAUCAAGAAAAAAUUGCGCUUUCGGCUUUGUUUUUUAGUUAUCGUCAAUUAAAAAUCGGUCAGUAUAUCCUUGCAAGUGAGCAAGCCUCCUUACGCGGAAGCAAGAUGGUCAGCCUAAGCAACGGCGCGCUCAGUGAUCCUCAAUUCGAACGAUACAUGGGCUGCAGCUUAGUUCGUACACAAUCGUGGAAGAGAAGAAAUGUAAUAAGAAGUUUCUGGUUGGUGGCUCUUGCCCUAAUAACAAUGUCAGAAGCAGAGAAAAAUGUUGAAGCACUGCGCUCCGUUUUGGAGAGUGCAAAUCAAUUUAGUUCUCCAUUUUUCCAGACUGUUGCAAAACACAAUCCUGGCAACCUUAUAACAUCCCCUCUAAGCGUAGGUGUUGUUCUUGCUAUGGCUGCUUAUGGAGCUCGUGGAAACACAAAAGCACAGUUCAGAAAUGUACUUCAUCUACCAACAUCAGAUAGUCUUGCUAAAUCUGGUUAUCAGUCACUUAUUGAUAAUCUCGAUAAUGUGAAAGACAAUAAAUUGGCUGUUGCAAAUAAAAUCUUCGUAGCGGCAAGUUCAAAUUUGAAACCAAGUUACAAAAAUUUAACAGAAGUUUACUUCCGCUCUGCUUCUCAAUUGGUAAACUUUGCUCAAAAUAAAGAAGCUGCAAAUAUUAUUAAUAGUUGGGUCGAACAAAAUACAAAUAAUCUCAUUAAAGAGCUUAUAAGUGCUGAAACGAUAAAUAGCAUGACAAGAUUAGUACUUGUCAAUGCAAUAUAUUUUAAAGGCCAAUGGAAAGAUAAGUUCGAUCCUAAAUCGACUAGCGACAUGCCAUUUCAUAUUAGUAAAAGUGAAGUAAAAAAUGUUUCUACAAUGUAUGGACAAGGUAAAUACAAAUACGGAGAACUUCCAGAUUUAAAUGCUAAAUUUGUUGUAAUACCAUACAAGGGUGACGAAUUGAGUAUGAUCAUAAUUCUUCCAAAUGAAAUUGAUGGUUUGCCUGAUGUUGAGAAAAAAUUACAAAGUACAAAUUUAACGAACAUUCUAAGUCAAGGAUAUGAGGAAGAAGUGGAAUUAUGGUUACCAAAGUUCAAGGUGGAAAGUAUGCUCAAACUCAAUGAUGUCUUAAAAGAGAUGGGUUUGACUGAUGCGUUUUCUAAUGCUGAUUUUUCUGAGAUUGCUGAUGGUGCAAAUUUGUAUAUCAGUGAUGUUAUACAAAAGGCAUACAUUAAAGUGAAUGAAGAAGGAAGUGAAGCUGCUGCUGCUACUGGUUUACUUAUGAUGGAGAAAAUGGAUCAUACUACAUGGGAGUUCAAAAUUAAUCGGCCAUUCUUUUAUUAUAUCAUAAAAACUAUGAAAGAUGAAAAGGAAAAUGAUAUUAAUCUUCCAUUAUUCUGCGGUUCUGUAAACGAACCCGAAAUCUAACAACAGUAGUGUCAUAGUAAUGCGAUUAUUAAUUCGUGUGCUUCGUAGUUAUAAGCAUUCUAAUAAUACCUUGUCCCACAAGAAAUGUGUUGCAUUCGCUUUAAA